UUUUAGUGGAUAAUAAAUGACAUAAUUGAGUCGUUGAUCGAACCUCCACUCAGGCGGUAGUGGAACGGUAGUUGCAUUUAAAGGAUAUUAGAAACAAUUCAAAAAAAAAAAAAAAAUGACUGCGGAUAUAGAAAAGGGACCUAUUUUGGGCCAACGACAUCUGCAGGUGUUCCUGCUCUUCCUUGCCAUUACCGUGAAUUAUAUUGCUAAAUUUAAUGCUGGAGUAGCGGUGGUUGCCAUGACAAAUGCAGAAACAACAAAUCCAGAUUUUCCGGAAUACGAUUGGAAUGAAAUGGAAAAAUCCUACAUCCUGUCGAGUUUCUUUUGGGGUUACUUUGUGACACAAUUUCCCGGUGGCUACUUGUGUCGGCGAUUUGGUGCCAAAUUGACAAUGUUUGUUUCAACGUUAGGCUCCGCCUUGGGGGCUCUGCUUAUACCGUUCACCGUGGACUGGGGUGGCUGGCAGGUGUAUUGUGGCAUUCGUGUUGUACAGGGUCUAUUCCAAGGUCUGCUAUUUCCCUGUAUUCAUUCUCACCUGGCCGCCUGGUGUCCGGUGAGCGAGAGAAAUCGUUUGGGAGCACUAGCCAAUACGGGUAUAGAAUGUGGCACGGUGCUGGCAAUGUUUUUAAGUGGCAUUAUAGCUGCCUCCAGCAUGGGAUGGCCGGGUAUUUCUUAUAUAUCCUGCGGUGUUGGUGUUGUAUGGUGUAUUUUGUGGAUUGUAUUUGCCGCCAAUAGCCCCAGUGAAUCGAAAUUAAUUUCCGAAGCCGAAUGCAAUUACAUUGAAAGUUCCAAGAAUGCCUUGAAGGAGGUGGAUGCACGUGACACACCGAAAAAGAUUCCUGUGCCAUGGGAGGCUAUUAUGAGCUCAUGGCCGUUCUGGGCGUUGCUGGUUGCCAGAUCUGCCCAAUCGUGGGGUUUCUCAACGCUACAAGCUGAGAUUCCUUCCUAUAUGAAUGGUGUCCUGGGCAUGGAUAUGAAGAGUAAUGCCUUGUUUUCGGCCCUACCCUAUUUUGCCAUGUGGUGUAUGUCGUAUAUCUAUUUGAUUUUAUCGGAUGUUUUAUUGCAAAAGGAAAUCUUGAGCCUAAAUGGAAUUAGGAAAACUUUCAACUCCUUGGCAUUUUGGGUACCAGCAGUUGGUCUAAUAGCUGUGGGAUUUGUGGGCGAAAGCCAACAAACAUUGGCCAUUGUUUUGAUGACAGCAAAUGUGGGCAUCAAUGCGGGUUCCACCAUUGGUAGUGCCUUGAAUACCAUUGAUUUGUCGCCCAAUCAUGCUGGCAUUCUAAUGGGUAUUGUCAAUACAUCGGCCAAUAUUAUACCAAUUUUGACACCGCUGCUGGUGGGAUUGAUUGUGAAGAAUGAGGAGGAUCGCACAGAAUGGCAAAUAGUCUUUGCCAUUUCGGCCAUUGUCUUUGGUUUGGGCAACUUGUUCUACAUUGUCUUUGGAUCCACAAAACUGCAGCCAUGGGAUGAUGAAAAUUUCCUCCUUUCGAAAGAUAUACAAAAUGAAGACUGUGUUGAUAACAAAUCGACGGAAACGAAAGAAAAGUAUUAAAUUAUAUUAUUUAAGAUUAUAUUAGACAUAUAAGUCAUAUGAUAUGUUAAAGUAUUAUAAGUAGUUUUUAGAUAUACGGCUUUUUAAUUUAUUAAACAACAACAAGUAAAAAGGCAGUAAAUUCGGCCGGGCCGAACUUUGAAUACAAUCCACCAUUUGAAAAAUUUAAAAAAAAAAUAAAUUCCAUUAAAAUUUCAGUUAAUAUCUUUAAAAUACUUAAUAUCGAAAGGUGCCGAUAUAUGGGGGAUAUACGAUAUUGUGGAUCUAUAUAGACAAAGUACUCACAAAGAACUCCUUGUAUAGAAUUUCAGACAGUUCCGUUGAAAAAUGUAUCUAAAAUCGUCAAAAUACCGAAUAUCUGGGUGUACCGUUAUAUGGAGGAUAUAGUUAUCGUGGACCUAUAUAGACAAUUCUCUUCCAGGGGGCAAAGUACUCACAAGGAACUUCUUGUGUGGAUUUUCACCAAAAUAUCCAAUAUCGGGGGUACCGUUAUAUAGGGGCUAUACGAUAUCGUGGACCUAAUUCUCUUCCAAGGGAUAAAGUAUCCACAAGGAACUCCUUGUGCGAAAUUUUGGACAAUUCCAUUAAAAAAUGGGGCUAAAAUAAUCAAAAUACCGAAUAUCGGGGCGUACCGUUAUAUGGGGGAUAUACGAUAUCGUGGACCUAUAUAGACAAUUCUCUUUCAGGGGGUACAGUGCUCACAAGGAACUCCUUGUGUGGAAUUUCAGACAAUUCCAUUAAAAAAAGGGGCUAAAAUAAUCAAAAUACCGAAUAUCGGGAGGUGCCGUUAUAUGGGGGCUAUACGAUAUCGUGGACCGAUGUAGCCCAUCUUCGAACUUGACCUGCCUGCAGACAAAAGGUACCGUUAUAUGGGGGCUAUACGAUAUCGUGGACCGAUAUAGCCCAUAUUCGAACUCGACCUGCCUGAGAACAAAAGACAGAUCUAUGCAAAAUUUUAGCUUCCUAUCUUUAUUCGUUUUCGUGAUUACAACGGACGGACAGACGGACAGAUAUGGCUAAAUCGUCUUAGAAUUUUACGCUGAUCAAGAAUAUAUAUACUUUGUUGGGUCUAAAAUGAUUAUUUCGAUGAGUUACAAACGGAAUGACGAACUUAUGUAUGGUGGAGGGUAUAAAAAUCACAAAAUGUUUUUUUCUGCAGCAGUUUGACAGAAAAUAAAGUGUGGUAUUGAAUAUUUAUAGAUUAUAAUUUUAUACAGAGUUACGCCUAAGAACAAUACCAUCGUAGAACAAUUAAAAAAAGUGUAAAAGACUUGA